UUCCCCCCGCGCGAGGGGCGUGGCCCACAUGUCAGUGAGGGUGGAAGCGAUAGUCUAGAACUCGCCCCGCACGCGCACUCGUGGACACCUCGUCGCCGCUGGGAAGCGGAGGCGGCGGCGGAGUUGGCUUGGACUUGGGCCUCGCGUUCGCCGGAGGCGAAGGGGAGAGAGCAGUGGAGUAGAGAGGAGAGGAGGCGGCGGAAUGAAGGGCUUCCGCGCGGCGCUGGCCCGCGCGUCGGCGAGGUCGCGGGCGGAGCUGCAGGUAGCGCGGCGGCGGCGCCACCCGUCGGAUCCCGCCCGCCGCCUGUCCCACUCCGGGACGGCGCCGGCGAGGCCGUCGUUCGGCAUCGCCUUCGACAUCGACGGUGUCAUCCUGCGUGGCCGCAGCCCUAUCGGAGGCUCGCCGCAGGCUAUCCGCCGGCUCUACUCCGAAGAUGGUACCCUGAAGAUUCCGUUUCUGUUUUUAACAAAUGGUGGUGGUGUUCCGGAGCACAAAAGAGCACAAGAGCUAAGUGAGCUUUUAGGAGUUAAUAUCUCUCCAGCACAGGUUGUGCAUGGUUCUUCUCCUUAUAAAGAGCUGGUGAACCGCUUUGAAAAUGACCUUAUUAUCGCUGUUGGAAAAGGAGAGCCUGCAGCAGUGAUGGUUGACUAUGGAUUUAGAAAAGUUCUAUCUAUAGAUGAGUAUUCAUCAUAUUUUGGAGACAUUGACCCCUUAGCUCCUUUCAAGAAAUGGAUAGUGCAACAACCAGACAAUAUAAACUUGAUGUCAGAAAAAGUGCACCCAUCAUAUGAUGUUUUUGAAGAGAGAGUUAAAGGAGUUUUUGUUGUAAGUGACCCUGUCGAUUGGGGAAGAGACCUACAGGUACUUUGUGACAUCUUAUCAACUGGUGGACUUCCUGGAAGUGGAAGAGGAGAUCAACCACCUUUGUAUUUUGCAUCUGAUGAUCUUGAAUAUCAGGCAGCAUUUCCUUCUGAACGUCUUGGAAUGGGUGCUUUCAGGAUAGCACUGGAAAGCAUCUUCAAUCAAGUUAAUGAUCAUCGGCUGAAGUACAUAUCAUAUGGGAAGCCUAACCCAUUUGUGUUCAAGAAUGCGGCAAACAUACUUGAAAAACUUGCUAUUUGCAUGCAUCCAAGUUCACUGCCAACAAAAGAAGUAGAAGAACAUCGGUUCUCUACUAUCUACAUGGUUGGGGAUAAUCCUAAAGUUGAUAUAAAUGGAGCUUUGAAGGCUGGACCCCCUUGGUCACCUGUUCUUACAAGGACUGGCGUAUUUAGGGGAAAGGAUAAUGAUCCACAGUAUCCUGCUGAUUUGGUUGUUGAUACUGUUGAGGAUGCCAUUAACUGUAUUUUGGAAAAGGAAUGUAUACAGUGACAGAGUGACACUUGUUCUGAGUAUCCAUGCUCCCUUCAUUGUUAUUUGGCAUGCAUUUUGUGCCACACCAUUGUUUUGUCUAGCAAUUCUGGAGCAAUUGUUAGCCGGAGUUCCAUCUCUGAUUCAUUCCACUUGUUUAAGUUGGGACAUCAGAAAAUAUGCUGAUGCGCUAUAGUAUUUUUUUUUUCCUGGCUGAGAGAUAGGCCGGACAUUAUAUAUGUAGAAUCGUCAGGGUUUCAGGGCAGCAGAGCUGCAGCAGAGCUAAAAGUGAAUUUCACCCUGUACCAGACGUUCUUGUUUCCCUGCAUCUUAUUUCUUGGAUUUCAGUACUACCAAUGACAUUAUUAUAUGAACUAUACACUUCCAUUAUCAAAACCAUCAUUUCAUGUUA